UCCAAAAAUAACUGUAAAAUCAGUUCACUUGUUUACCAUAACCAGUAGAUGUUGGAAAUGUCUUUUAAUGAUGAAUCAAGAGACGAAGUCGUACAGUUCGUGCGUUUUAAGACUGCUGAUCAUAUUCCGGUAGAUUUGUUUCAGCAAUCUUGGAUUGCAGCAGCUGAAGAGUUUUACGCUCGUGGCGUUAGUAAAGUGAUCUUCUCGGAGAAGCAAGCGCUAAAUGGAGAUUUAAACCCUUAUAAAUUUAUUUCAAAGAAUUUCUGGCCAUCACCGGAGGCAGUCAAGUGUUCGUUUCCCGGAGGGUUGCCAUCCCCAAGCAGCAGAGGACACGUAACGGUGUCACAGGCUGGAGUUUUCAAGCUGGAACAUAUGGUUGUUGCAGAUGGUUCCAAAGUUUUACAUAAUUCCAUUUACAAAGCUGGUUUUAAAGCUUUGACCAUGAUUCCUCUCUGUGACAAAUCUUUUCCAAAGGAAACUGUUCUAGAAUAUGCUGACUAUCUUGUCAGCUUGAAAGGCUUUCAGACUCUAGGUGUCUAUGGGCUUCACAUAAGUUCUGGUCCACACAAGGAAUGGCUCUAUGAAUGGAUUAUUGAAGCCCUUUUCAAUUCUAUCAACACUUCUCCAGAGUCAGUCCUUAAGGAGUUGAAAAACUGUCCAAACGCUGUGGAAAAAUGGGAGAUAAGCAUUCAUAGGGACUACAUGCAAAUGGUUGCAUCAUGAACACACAUAAAUUGCCUGUUUAAAUAGUAAUAGUAACUCUCCUUACUUUCUGCCAUACAGCUCUUCUGAUGUUAGAUUGGAGAAUUUGGUAUUGGAUCAAUGAAUACCUUUCUGAUAUUUUUUCUUUAUUUUCAUCACUUGUCUGCUUGGUAUUGUUUAAAUACUGUAAGGAGAAAUUCUGUCUUGGUCACACAGGAGAGUCAAAGAGUUAAUAGACAAUUUUCCUUACUGCUAAUAAACCUCGCUCGUCUAAAAAUUUUCCGAGAAGUUUUAGUUCGGUGAAAUCAACCUUUACCUUACCCAGACAGCGCCGGUUGAGUUUGAAACACAUUUUUAUUCCUUCCUAUUUUUGGUCUUACUUUUCCUUGUAUAAAUUGUCUACCUAAGAUGUAGUCGUUUCUAAAACACCGAUGGAAGUUAAUAAAUUUGAU